AUGAGGCUGUUCCUAAUGCUGGUUCUGGUGGGCUGUGGGGUCUGGGCCCAAACCCAGGAUUAUGACGAUUAUGAUGCGGACGGAAAGAAAGCUUCUGCAUCGAAUUCCUCAGCGACAGUCGACGCUCGUGGUCACCGUCCUCUGGUCAAAGGACGGGAGAUUUAUCUGACCAACCGCUACAACCCCUCUAUCAGCAGCUCCGGGGGCAGGUACCAAGGUCGUCCUGGGACCACCACAGUUACCGGUCCACAAGAGCAGGAGAAAGGGGAGCAGCCAGAGACCGGAGGAUGCACCCAUGCCAUGGAAGAGAUGGGCGUGUUGUGUCCUAACGGCUGUGAGCUGAAAACCAUGAUACAGAAGCAAGAAAAGAACGUCAAAACUAGCAUCGGUGAACUGCGCCCCCAAGUGAACGAGUUGGCGCGAGAAUCCAAUAACAUUUUCAACUACGUAAACAGCAUGUCCAACAACCUACGGGAGAGGCAGAGGGUCCUCAGUGAGAACAGCAACAUAGUGGGCCAGUACACAGACCGAGUGGAGGAGCAUCACGCGUACAUCAAAGAGACCGUGGACACUCUGCUGCCGUCCAACAUUAAAGUUCUGCAGGGUGUUCUGGACAAGAUCCGGCUGAAGAUUCAAAAACUGGAGAAGGCGAUUCAGACACAGACCGAGUCCUGUCAAGAGCCGUGUAGAACCAAGUGUCCCGUCCCUGUGGUCUCUGGGAAAGAAUGUGAGGACAUCUUCCGUCGUGGAGGGCUGGAUUCUCAGAUGUAUUUGGUUCGUCCAGAUCCUCUGCUGCCGGCUUACAAGGUCUACUGCGACCAGACCACGCAAAACGGAGGUUGGUUAGUGAUUCAGAACCGAAUGGACGGCAGCGUGGACUUCGGACGCCGCUGGGACGAUUACAGAAAGGGUUUUGGAAACGUCGCUUUGGAAGUCGGAAAGGGAUACUGCGAAACUCCCGGUGAAUACUGGCUCGGAAACGACAAAAUCACUCAGCUCUCUAAAAUGGGACCCACUGAGCUGCUGGUGGAGAUGGAGGACUGGACUGGAGCAAAGGUGCAUGCUCACUACCAGCAGUUUGCGGUUCAGGGCGACCUCACAAACUACGUGUUGGCAGUGGAUCGGUACAGUGGCACCGCUGGGAACUGCUUUUUGGAAGGUUCCACUGAACUCUUUGGCAUCAACAGAACCAUGACAAUCCACAACGGCAUGAUGUUCAGCACCUACGAUCGCGACAACGACAACUGGAACCCUGGAGACCCGUCCAAACAGUGCUCGAGGGAGGACGGUGGCGGAUGGUGGUACAACCGCUGCCACUCGGCCAAUCCCAACGGCCGAUACUACAUGGGCGGGGCUUACACUAGGGACAUGGCGCGUCACGGCACAGACGACGGCAUGGUGUGGAUGAACUGGAAGGGCAGCUGGUACUCGCUCAAGGCCAUUAGCAUGAAGGUCCGGCCAUUCUUCCAGUCACGUUAA